AUCCUAGACCGCACGGCCGAGAUCCGUCGGCAGCGGCCUAUGGUCUGUAGCCUCACCCUCUCUCUGCCACGAGCUCCCUCCUCUCUUUCCACCACCCCUCGCAAGCUUCGAACCUUCGACCCACGCGGCGCGGCUCCAGCACCAACCCCCGGCGGCGAUGCAGAUGGCAGCGGCAGUGGCCCCAACCGACGCCCCGGCCUCGGCGGCUGCUCCGGCGCCGCACCCGCCCCACGCGCACGCGGCGCACGGACCGCCACACCCGCACCACCACAUGCCGCAACCGCGGUGGGUGGUCAUCCCGUACCCUCCACCACACCACCCCAUGGUCGCCGCGCCUCCGCCACCUCCUCCGCCGUUCGUCAAGCAUUUCACGCCGCCGGUAUCGGUAACACCGCCGCCUGCUGGAUCCGGCGGGAAUGGGGGCGACGAUAACCGGACCAUCUGGGUGGGCGACCUGCAGUACUGGAUGGAUGAGAACUACCUCCACAGCUGCUUCGGUCCCGGCGGCGAGGUGGUGAAUAUUAAAGUAAUUCGCAAUAGACACUCGGGAGUUUCCGAGGGUUAUGGUUUUGUAGAGUUUUACUCUCACGUUUCAGCAGAGAAGGCACUACAGAAUUUUUCUGGUCAUGUAAUGCCUAAUACUGAGCGAGCUUUUAAGUUAAACUGGGCAUCAUAUAGUAUGGGAGAAAAACGCUCGGAAGUUCCGCCUGAUCACUCGAUAUUUGUUGGCGAUUUGGCUGUUGAUGUUACUGAUGAGAUGUUGCUGGAACUUUUCUCUAACAAAUACCGUUCAGUGAAAGGAGCUAAAGUUAUUAUUGAUGCAAACACAGGCCGUUCUAGAGGCUACGGCUUUGUUAGGUUUGGAGAUGAUAAUGACAAAACUCUUGCAAUGACUGAAAUGAAUGGUGUAUACUGUUCUACAAGGCCAAUUCGUGUAGGACUAGCGACUCCUAGAAGAUCUCAAGGUGAUUCUGGCUCUUCUCCGCCAAGGCAAUCUGAUGUUGACUCUACUAACAGGACGGAGGACAGGCCUGGCGUAGUGGUGAGAAGGCCUCCCACUAAGUCAAAAGGUCUUGGGUUCGACACAGCCUCUCUGCAAAAUGUAAGGGUAUAUGUUGGUGGGCUUGACCCCAAUGUUAGUGAAGAUGAACUGAGGAAAGCAUUUGCAAAAUAUGGUGAUCUUGCCUCUGUCAAAAUUCCUUUUGGGAAGCAAUGUGGGUUUGUUCAAUUUGUAAACAGAGUUGAUGCUGAAGAAGCAUUGCAAGGGUUGAAUGGGUCAACUAUUGGGAAGCAAGCAAUUCGACUUUCCUGGGGCCGCAGCCCUACAAGUAAACAGUCUAGGGGUGAUUAUGGCCACCGGCGCAACGGCAAUGGCAUGUACUACGGGACGCCAUUCUACGGUGGAUAUGGGUACGCCUCACCGGUCGCCCACCCAAACAUGUAUGCCGCGGCCUACGGAGCCUACCCGUACUAUGGAAACCAGCAGCUAGUGAGCUGAUGUGGCGAUGCUCUCUGCUCAGUUUCCUCCCUCGGAUCGGAGGGAGGAAACCAAGUUUUUGGUCCUGUAAGAUAGUAGCUACAAUGAGAUAUUAUAGGCGGCCAUACAAAUGGGCGAGAGAGACGAGAAGGGUAUGUGAUGAUAAUGCUACCUGCAGACUUGUGCUGCUAUAGCAGAACAUAAAAGAGCUUGUAGUAGACAAUAAAAACCUACUUUUGUCUUGGAAAUUUUGACUCGCUAUAAAACUAGAGCUAUCGGUUGUUGUGACCACUGUUUGCAUACACAAUUGUUUGGGAUGAUAUCUGAUGGGUUCUCUAAUUUGGCUCUA